AUGUUAACUCCAUUUUUCAAAAUAGAACCAAAUACGUCAUCAUCAACACCAACAAUAAUAUCAUCAACCUCAGCAUCAUCAACUUCAACAACAACAUCAACGACAACAAGUGUCUGCAAUCUGUUUUUUAAUCAAACUACUUACUCAGCUGUCGCACAGCCAUGGUCAGUAGCAGUCAUCGACGUGAAUAAUGACAAUAAACCUGAUAUUAUUGUUGCAAAUUAUGGCUCGAGCAAUGUCGGCGUUCUUCUCAACACAGGCAAUGGCACAUUUAAUGCUCAAACUACUUACUUAGUUGGCACAGGUCCAUGGUCAGUAGCAGUCGUCGAUGUAAAUAGCGACAACAAACCUGAUAUUACUGUUACAAACUUUGAUUCGAACAACCUCGGUGUUCUUCUCAACACAGGCAAUGACACCUUUAGUGCUCAAACUACUUAA